AUGAGACGGCUAUUCUUUUCGGAGGAUGCCUCGCGGAAGUUCAUGGAGGCCGGAGAGAGGGGUGGUGUUGGCUGGGAAGGAGCACGAGGUGGAUGGGGACUAAGUGAUGCCCCCGAAAGACGGGAUUUUACAGAUGGCCCUGAACGACCUGAACGACCAGAACGAGCUGAACUGAUGGAAGGAUGUGCUCUGUGA